AUGGUGAAGAUGAAGGACACGCUAGGAUCACCUGCAUUGAAGACGAAGUUGUCGGAAAACACCCUCAAUAAGGCAACCAGUGGGUUCAAGCGGUUCAACAUACUACAAAAUAACAAUGACGAUGGUUCUGCAAACAGACGCAAGUCGAUCAUUAUGGAUAACGAGUAUGAGUCGUCAGAGCUGAAUGUAUCCAACACGGAGUCGGAGAGUUCGGAGAAGGAGGUGGUUGAGCCACCAAGAGAGCUAGAGGAAGUUGAGGAUGUUGGCAAGGACAAACAUGUUGUUACUCCUAAAGGUCUCGUUGAAACGCACGAUAAAAGAGGGAGGUUGGUGUACAAGCAUGUGAAAACAAGUAAAGUAAGAUACAAAAAGGAUGGACAAAUGAGAUCAAAUUUUGGAGACUUGAUUUUUUUGCCAAGAUACACCAUAUUUGAUCAGGAGAUUUACUUUGGGGCAAAGUUUUUCGGUUUCUUUGUGGCUAUUUGGCUCUGUGUCUUCUUUUUCGGCUUAAAUGUCAUUUUAAGCUACCAUACAAGCCAGGGAACUUUCAAGAAUUCAGAAAUUGUACAUUUAAUGCUAAAGGAUCUAUGGAAAGUUGCAUUGUUUGAUUUGACCAUGUAUCUGUCGAUGUACUUCUCUGUCUUUGUUCAGUUGUGCAUUAAAAGUCAACUCAUUAGGUGGAAACCAACGGGGUUCACCUUGCAGGCAAUAUACGAAGUACUAUUGCUUGUCUGUCCCUUUUUCUACGCAGAUAAACUGCAGCUACCCUGGAUUGCACAAAUUUUUCUCAUGCUACAUAGUGUGGUGAUGUUGAUGAAGGUCCACUCCUAUGCGUUUUUCAACGGCUAUUUAUGGGAAAUCAAAAACGAAUAUGAAUUUUCAACGUUAUUUAUGAAGAAGAAGGACAUUUUGGAAGAAAACAUUGUGUCGUCAUUGGAAAAGUCAAUCAAGUUUUGUCAAGAUGAAAUCAAAUCACAGAGCUUCCCAAAUAAUAUAUCUUUCAAAAACUUUUUCAUAUAUUCCAUGUUCCCCGUCUUAGUCUAUCAAAGCGAAUAUCCAAGAAACGAUAGGAUCAGGGCCAAAUAUUUAUUUAACAAAAUCUUGGGAAUUUUUGGGGUUAUAUUUCUAAUGAUGGUUAUUUCACAGCAUAAUUUGUACCCCAUUGUAAUUGAAUGUUUGAGAUUGCAAAAGACAACCUCUAUAUGGUACCGAAUUAAAGUAUACCCGCUCAUCCUCAUUAGAAUCAUUCCAUCCUUUCUCUCGGUUUAUCUCUUGACUUUCUAUCUAAUUUGGGAAUUGAUUCUUAAUGCACUUGCUGAAAUAACAAGGUUUGCGGACAGAGAGUUCUAUGGCUAUUGGUGGAAUUCGGUUAAUUGGAAUGAGUACGCAAGAGAUUGGAACGUCCCCGUCCAUAAGUUCUUACUGCGUCAUGUUUACCACUCGUCGAUAUCUGCAUUUAAGGUAAAUAAAACAGUUGCGACUUUUAUGACGUUCUUUUUGAGUUCGAUUAUUCAUGAGCUAGCAAUGUAUGUCAUUUUCAAAAAAGUGAGAUUCUACUUACUCCUUUUACAGAUGAGUCAAUUAUGUCUCAUUCAAAUAACAAAUACAAAGUACCUCAGAAAUAUGAACGUUUUCAACAAUGCUAUUUUUUGGUUUGGUAUUAUUUUUGGCCCUAGUCUAAUGUGUACUAUGUAUCUAGUUUUUUAA